AUGGAUCACUCUCAAAUUGUAACUAUUGAAGAUAUUGACAUGAGUGAAAGUUUAGUAUGUGUAGAUGAUAUUGUUGAUUUGGAAAAAGACGCGGAUGAAUUUGGAGAAGAUGAUCUUAGUGAAAUCAUGGCAAACAAAGAUGGUGAAUGUGGGGAAGACAAUGCACAUGCAAUUACGGGAGAUGUUGAUACCGAAUUAAGCAAGGCCCCUAUUUUAACUAGAGUUUUUGAGACAUCAGAAGAAGCUUAUGCAUUUUAUAAUGCUUACGCAAAAGGCAAGGGGUUUGAAAUACGCAAGCAAUACCAUAAUAAGAGGUUAAUUACAAAACAAAUAUAUAGGUGGAAUUAUGUGUGCUCGAAGCAAGGUGUCAAGAGACAACAUGAUAAAAGAGCUGAUGUUGACAAUGUCAAAAGGCAAAGGGAUACAAGGAUUAAUUGUAUGGCAAUGUUACAAGUAAAGUUGGUGGAUGGCCUAUGGAAAGUGGAGAAGUUCAAUGAUAUACACAAUCAUCCAUUGAUUAACACUCCAACAAAGGUGAAGAAGUUUCUUUCUCAGAAUGAAUUGAGACGCUCAGACUUGACAAAAUCUGUUGUUUCUAAGCUUUAUCAAGAGGGUUUAACAUCUUCGAAAAUCUCAAAGGUUGUGAGCGCUAUGAACAAAGAGGUUAAUCUUACUUCCGUUCAAAUCAAUAGUAUUAUAUAUAGCCAGCGAAAGAAUAAUGUGGGGCGAGAAUGUCAGGGCAUCAUCAAACACUUUCAAAAGAAGUCCAUGGUUGAUGGAGCUUUUUAUUUUGAUAUGGAUUUGGAAGAAGAUGGAACUUUAAGAAGCGUAUUAUGGGCAAAUGGUAGGUCAAGAGCUGCAUAUGCUCAUUUGAAGUCCUUGUCUUUGAUGUGA